GUACGUUUUCGUUUAUUAAUUUUUUAAUUUUUCGCUCAACUGCAAGUGUAUCCACUUUCCAGUGCUCACGGCAAGCAGCGUUUCGAGACAACGCUAGUAUCUAAACGUAGUGACGCACAGUGAACCCGACUAACAGUUGCCUAGUGCAGAGUGCAAUUCGAUAAGAGUUGCCUUCGGCUGCACUACGCGUUGGUGUGUGUUUCUCUUAGUGCCGCGCCCGCAGUGAGUUGUAGUUGGUAUUGAUUCCGUAGUAAUCGUCAAAAUCUGGCUCCACACGCGAUUUAAACAGUGCGAGGUUAGAGAAAGUUAGAAGCAGUUCAACAGAGCGAGAGAAAGAGAGAAGACGAAAUCAAACAAACCAUCAUCAAGCAACCAAACCGAUCUUCCCCAGCGCACUAGAAAUCAGAGGCUGUUUCGACUAUUCCCUGCACGACGUAGUAAUUUGCUUAUUGCUGUUUCCAUCGAGCACACAUACGCAUAUUCAAUUUAGCCGCAGUGACAACAAAAUCAAUCCGAUCAAAAUGCCAAAAUCGAUGAACGUACGCGUCACGACAAUGGACGCUGAACUUGAGUUCGCGAUCCAGCAAGGAACCACAGGCAAGCAGUUGUUCGACCAGGUUGUGAAGACGAUCGGUCUGCGCGAGGUCUGGUUCUUCGGGCUACAGUAUGCGGACUCGAAAGGCGACAACACCUGGAUUAAGCUGUACAAAAAGGUGAUGAGCCAAGAUGUGCAGAAAGGCGAUCCGCUGUUAUUCAAAUUUCGCGCCAAAUUCUACCCCGAGGAUGUAGCCGAGGAGCUGAUCCAGGAUAUCACGCUCCGCCUGUUCUAUCUGCAGGUAAAGAACGCAAUCCUGUCAGACGAAAUUUAUUGCCCGCCGGAAACGUCCGUUCUACUGGCAUCGUACGCCGUUCAGGCGCGCCAUGGCGAUUACAACAAGGGAACUCACGUGCCUGGCUUCCUGGCGAAAGAUCGGCUACUUCCACAACGCGUAAUCGACCAGCACAAAAUGUCAAAGGACGAAUGGGAGAACUCCAUCACGACCUGGUGGCAGGAGCACCGUGGUUUGCUGCGUGAAGAUGCUAUGAUGGAGUACCUGAAGAUUGCACAAGAUCUUGAAAUGUACGGUGUGAACUAUUUCGAGAUUCGCAACAAAAAGAGCACAGAGCUUUGGCUCGGCGUCGAUGCUCUCGGUUUGAACAUCUACGAGAAGGACGACCGCCUCACUCCGAAGAUCGGUUUUCCGUGGUCAGAGAUUCGUAAUAUAUCGUUCAAUGAUCGCAAAUUCAUUAUCAAGCCCAUUGAUAAGAAAGCACCGGAUUUUGUGUUCUUCGCGCCGCGCGUCCGUAUCAACAAACGUAUCCUAGCGCUGUGCAUGGGCAACCAUGAGCUUUAUAUGCGCCGCCGCAAGCCCGACACGAUCGAUGUGCAGCAGAUGAAAGCACAAGCGCGUGACGAAAAGAAUGCCAAACAGCAGGAGCGCGAGAAGCUGCAGCUAGCGCUGGCCGCCCGCGAGCGAGCUGAAAAGAAACAGCAGGAGUACGAGGAUCGAUUGCGUUCGAUGCAGGAAGAGAUGGAGCGCAAGCAAGCAAAUUUGAGCGAAGCCCAGGACACGAUCCGCCGGCUGCAAGAACAACUGAAUCUGGUGCAGGCAGCAAAGGAAGAGUUGGAACAGCGGCAAAACGAGCUACAUGAGAUGAUGCAGCGCCUCGAAGAAACAAAGAAUAUGGAGGCCACCGAACGAGCGAAGCUUGAAGAGGAAAUACGCAUUAAGCAGCUCGAGAUGCAAAAGAUCCAGGAAGAAGUUUCCCUGAAAGACUCAGAAACCAAGCGGCUGCACGAGGAGGUUGAAGAGGCGAUAAGGAAACAGGUAGUACCAGGCAGAAACGAAGCGGCGGCGGCACUGCAAGCAGCUACUACUACCCCCAAGCAUCAUCACGUAGAGGAGGAAGAGGAUAACGAAGAAGAACUGACCAAUGGUGAAAACGGUGAACAGGAUUUCUCCAAAGAUUUCGACACGGACGAACAUAUCAAGGACCCAGUUGAGGAGAGACGCACACUAGCUGAACGUAAUGAACGUUUGCAGGAUCAACUCAAGGCCCUUAAACAAGAUCUCGCCCUGUCGCGCGAUGAUACGAUGGAAACGCCCAACGAUAAGAUUCACCGUGAAAAUGUUCGCCAGGGAAGAGACAAGUACAAGACGUUACGCGAAAUCCGCAAGGGCAACACCAAACGCCGCGUGGACCAGUUCGAAAACAUGUAAAAAAAGUGUGCAACGGGAAAAGAGGCGCCAAGUAAUGCGAAAUAGCAGCGCUGCUCUAGGCCCUUGCCGUGCCAAACCAGACAAUUUGUAUAGACAUUCUGCCGCCAGCAGAUUGAUAAUUUUUUUGGGAAACAGCUAAGCACAUCUGAAGCCUGUUUGACGUUUUUGUUCGUUUGGUAAAGAGACGCCCCUUUAAAACAAUUCAUACAAACAUUCUAAAACGUUGAUUCAAGUUAUCAAAACCAUUUCGAUUCCAUGGCAAAGGGUAAGAAGGGAGAUAAAAAAGAAAGAGAGAGAAAAAGAGAGAGAGAGAGGAAACGUGGAAUCGAAGCGAAUGUUUAAGAAAAAAAAUCCUCUUUAUUCCCUAUGUGUAUGUCACAAUCCUUAACGAAUGGCGUUAGGGUAUAGCAUCAACAUACCACAUACCCAUUGAAUUCUAUUCAAGCAAUCACUAUUCAAUUCUAUUCAAGCAAUUACCUCCCACAUAUACUAACAGGGCAGAAAGCUUCGGUUCUAUCGUUACACAUUUUCUUUAGGUUAGAAUUGUACGAAAGGCAGGAAUCGAGACAGGACCGAAUAAACGGUUUGUACACGACGAUGGGUAGUGAUCUAUUUCGAAAGCUAUCAGCCGUAUGGGAAGUUGUAGUUUUUUUUUCAAUUUGGAACCUAUUAGUGUCUUACACAGCAUGAAUAACACACGGUAUGAGGUACGCAGUAGGUUAUCGAAGGAUGUUGUUUUCCGUUAUGCAUAAACGUUAGUUUAAUAUGUGUCUUUUUGCAAUUGUUCACAAACGUGUGGUGGAACAUAGGUUACGUUUCGCAGGUUGUUUUUGAUGUAUUAGUCCGUUCUGGCGUUCAGGGUUCGCUUUCCCGAUUUUCAUUCACCUUUGUUAUGAGAUAGCGCCCACAGUUUUCUCAUUUGUUCAAAUAUCACAAUGCAAUUGGAACAAGCGGUACACUUUUACAAUGUGUGAUUUGUUGUUUUUCUUUAACAAUUGAAGUGGAUAUCUGUUGCUGUUAGGCGUCCUUCCAUUAACCAGUAGUAAUAAGGUUAGACAGAAAACAGAUUACAGCGGAUGAAUAUGGAACAGUUGCGAAAUGAUUUUUAUUGUUACAAUUGAUAUACAUGAAAGCAAGGUAUUGAAAAUUGACUUGUGAGCAAGCCAAGCGAAGGAAUCAAUUAACAAGAACAUCGGGAACAACUUACCAUAGCCACAAGCGCGUUUUACAACAAAAAAAGACAACAAAUCAAAAAACAUUGAAUUUGGUCGCUACGCUGAAGGAGAACUAAGCAUCAAUAAAGCAACGUCAAUAAUAGCAACGCAGUGCAGACACAAAAAAGGGAGGAAACAAGCUUUUCCACAUCUUCUCUACUACAUUUCCCGCCUUCUUUGAUUUAACACAAUGAAUCGGACGGUUGUUAAUAAAACGCAAAGCCGUUGCAUACACUUUUGAUUUUUAGAUUUAUUACAUUUGAUUAUUAACCGAUUAAAUAAAAUGGCGAUAAAUACGGCCCGGUCCGUUCUUCUAAGAUUAAAAAAAAAUGGGCGAUCGGCGUUGUGCAUCUAUAAUUAGAAGAAUAAGUAAAACGCUGGUGAAGGAGGCAGAUGUAUAGGACGAACAAUAAAUGUAUUAGGAAAGCAAGCUUCUUUGAACAGAGAUAAACAAUAGCAAGAAAUAAACAGAGCAGCAAAAGGCAAACAGAGUUUGCUGCAGCAAUCUCAUGUUUUGCCUCGGAAAUUCUUUGAACUAGGUCGAGCAGUUAAUUAGAAGUUGAAAAGCAGCGAACAGUAAAAUCAUCUUUGCAGCCGACUUAAAUUAUUUUUUUACAAGCAAUUUGAUUGAACUCUAGUAGGCAAUCAUACAUCUGGCACAUAUAGAUAUACUUAUCAUUCGUACGUUGUUUUUUUAUAUGUGUUGGACAGAUCAAGCUAUGUGCUUUCGAGCAAAUGGCCAAUACGAAGACGUUCUAUGAUCGAUACUGGUAAAAGUUUGGGUUAAUCACUCACAAACAUUCUUGUGUGCGGCAGUUUAGCAGAAAUAUUCUUUUAACCUAAACCGAGUGUAUCUAUUCAUACUAUUACAUAAUUUUUUAUUAUGUGAGUGGCCACUUCGUUUGCGAACGUUGGCUGUAGAACAAUCUGCCUCAGAGUCAAAAUUUAAGGAUAGGACAGAGGUUAAUGUUGGGCAAAGUUUUUAGUUUACUCUCGGGUGUUAUUGUCUAUGUUUGAUUCGUUCAAUAUUGCUACAGUUCACUUCACUUGUCGGUUCUUUUUUUGUCUACUUUCUUCCUCGUUUGUAACCUAUUGAAACUGUGCGUUCGUUCUUAAUUUUCCUAAUAAAAUAUAUGAUUUUAUUACAUGUAUUAUGUGUUUGCUCUUCCUGUACUCCCCAAUAUCCUUCUACAGGUAUUCCUUCAUGUUAUGUGAACAGCCAUACAAAUAAAUAUGACCAUAGUUUCUGUUAGUACCUAUUAGAAAAAAUAAUGCAAGCAAAAACGAAAAAUAUGCAUGCGAGACACGUGCAAAUCUCACAUCGAGUAGUCCAAACCUAUGUCGAUAGCAAAGGGAAAAGUAACAAAUGCAACGAAGACUAAAUCCGCCUAAGUCUACAGCAACAUUAACAUUACUAUUAAUAUUUACACUAUAAUUACCAGCAAUGUAGCGUUAGCAGGGAAUUGACUAGGUUCAGACAGACAGAAAUGGGCAAUUGGUAUCAAAAGCCAUGCUCAGUAGCAAGGCAAUGCACCACGUUCCAUAGAACGAAGAUCAAAGUAACAUUAUUAUGGCCGUGAUAACAACAACCGAACUCAGGAGUAAAACUCCAUCAUUUUUCCCCUACUGCUGAUGUCUUAUGGCAGCUUAUCUUAUAUGAUAGUCAGGGAUUUGCAAUCAAUAUUGAAAGCAAUUUGUUGGCGUGAGGCAAAUUGAGAUUGUAUUCACCAUACCGCCCUUGCGCAAUGGAAUCCAGUAAGUAAGCACCAAUAUAUUUUUUGAUAAAAACAAAACCGUUUUCUACGACAAAGUUGAUUACAA